CACAGUACCACAGUGGCUCUGAAAUCUCGGUGGCUCCAGACUUAGCGCUGAGUGAACACCCAGAGGAUGAAGGCUGUGGUUCUGGGAUGCCUACUGGGGCUGCUUUGGGGCCCUCUGGUCCAAGCCGACGUCCCUCCUCAAUCCAACUUCGACAACAGCAAGUUUCAGGGUUUAUGGUAUAUUGUGGCAGCAGCAUCUGAUGACAAAGACUUUUUGGCCAUGAAGGAUGACAUGAAGAUGGCAAUCACUUAUGUGACUCCUCUGGCCAAUGGUGACUUGUCAGUCAAGUCGGUUUACCCAGGGCCUAAUGGUGGGUGCCAGAAAGUGGAUGCCACCUUCACCAAGGGUGCAAUGCCAGGACAAUUCAGCAAUCCAGGCAUGGGCCAGGAUGACAUCAGUGUGGUGAACUCCGACUACAAACAUUACGCCAUUCUUCGCAUUAAGAUGAACAAGGGAGGCGUUCAAAGAGUAAUGAUGCAGUUGUACUGCCGCGCUCCAGAACUCUUUGCUGAAGGUGCACAAAGGAUGCAACAGUUGGCACCCAAAUUGAACCUGAACCCCAGCCAGGGCGCCAUCUUCCCUAAAUCAGAUGCGUGUAAUAAUGCCCUCCCCAAGUGACUGCUGACUUGAUUCUUGCUGGAUUUCAGGCUGAAGCCUCAAUCAUCACCUGUCCCCCUUCUUCCCCCCUUUGCAUUACUAGCCAGGCUGAGACUUUUUCCUUCCUUUCCUCCUAGAAUCUUCCUCACUGCCCUGAUAUUAAAUAAACAGAUGCUGGGAAA